CUACCCCACAAACCACUGCGCCGGCGGGCCAGUCUAUAACUUGUCGCCACGUCUGUUUUUGUUUGAGAAAAUAAGUGUGUCAACUUUAAAUGUUCCUUUGACGAUUUGCUACGGGUUCUAUCUUCCUUCUACAAACGAUUGAAAACUUUUGAAAACGUAAGAGCCUUAGAGAUAUCAAUCUUUGGAAAGAAAUGGCGGAGAAUGAACUUGGAACAUGGUUUCGAAGCAUACCCAUUGUCACAAGAUGGUGGUUUUCUCUGUCCAUCGUAUUUCCCCUUCUUGGAAGGCUGGGAUUGAUAAAUGGAAUGUACUUCAUCCUGGACUAUGCAAGUAUUGUAUAUCGUUUCCAGGUAAGAAUCAAUGACUCCAGAAAACUUGCAGGUCUUUUUGAUGGUCGACCAGCUGACUAUUUGUUUAUGAUACUCUUCAAUUGUUGUAUUUUAAUUAUCAUAGGAUUUCUUAUACCCUUGAGACUUCUCAUGGAUCCCCUUGUUUUAAGUGUUCUGUAUGUUUGGUGCCAAGUAAAUAAAGAUACGAUUGUACAGUUCUGGUUUGGAAUGCAAUUUAAGGCAAUGUACCUUCCAUGGGUGCUGGCAAUAUUUAACAUGAUCAUCCAGGGAGGGUAUGUACAUGUAGUGUUUAAAGAAUGUUGUUCCUUUACUGUUCCUGUUUACAUAAACUGCAAUCUUGUCGACUUCCACUUCCUUUACAGGUACAAGCUUCUUCCAAACCGCCAGGGAGGUGUAAGUGGCUUUGGUGUGCCCCCUGCCAGUCGCAGGCCACGUGACCAGGACAACGGUGGAGGAGGUGGCGGUUGGGGAGGCUGGGGCAGAGGACAGCGCCUUGGCAACGAAUGAAUGUUAAGACAAAUGUCUUUGUAGAUCUCGAUAAUACGUGUACAUGGUCACUAUGUCUAGGUUGACAUGCAUGUGUCUUUAAAAAGAUUGCUACGUCGUAUGGUUUGGUAUAGUUCGAAGAGCAGUCAAGCUUUUAAUCUAAUGAAUGUAUCUUUCGUUUAGAUGAGAAAUUGUCAAACAUGAAGUUCUGAUCAAAUUAUAUCAAAAACACGACGUGCACCAAGAAUAUAUGUGACACCACUUUGCAGACUUCAGGUGUAAUAUAAGUAAAUAAAGUUCUUUAAACUUUU